CUCUUUAUUUCCGACUUUCAACGCAAUCCGAAUCCCCACUGCAGUCUUUCAGUUCGGGCCACGGUGUACAAGUCAUCAUAAUGCGUGCCUUUGCAGUUCUCCUCGCCACCAUGGCAGCUCUGGGGGUUGCUAUUCCGAGUCCGCAAGGAAACCCGUCAAGCCCACGAAUAUGCUGCGAACCCCAGCCAUUUCAGCCUUCGGAAUGCCAACUUUGCGUUAGAGGUCUUGACGGCAAGUGCUGCUACGACUGCCCCAGUGGCUCCUACCCUCUCUGCGACCGUGGUUGCCCCAACUGCGUCAAUGGCCAUCUCGGCGGCAAGUUUUAGAUUAUGAAGGACUCCGAAGGAUGGAUAUCGGGAGGGGACUUCGCCUCGCUGGGAGAGCUACAGUACAGUAGUGCUUGGGCAGUGCCCCAACUGCCACAACGCUCAGGUGCCUUUUCUGUUAGGUACUAUACUAGUAUUAGGUACCUUGCGAAGAACUGUGGAGGGGAUCAUCAUUUUGAUCUCGAAGGCACACUUCAAUCUCAGGUUGAAGGCAUCAGCUAAGGGGCAGGGAGGUUGGGGGCUACAUUCAAGUUACGAAGCUCUCCGUCAAGUACUCU